AUGGGUGACCCUGAAUUUCUCAAAUUUGCUGCUUCGGUGAUGUUCGGAGACAAAUGUGAAGCACUAGCUUCUGGCAAGAUUUCAUCCGUCCAAACCAUUUCAGGUACCGGUGCGAAUGCCCUUGGCGCGCUGCUGAUUUCGAAAGCCAUGUCUCCGAACAGAAAGGUAUACAUCAGCACACCGACCUGGGGAAACCAUUUCGACAUAUUUCACAAUGUUGAUAUGGAAACUGUGAACUAUCCGUAUCUUGACUCAUCCAAACACGCGGUGAACUUCGACGCUCUCCUGGAAGCAGUGCGGACGGCGCCUCAAGGUAGUGUGUUUAUUUUGCAGGGCUGUUGCCACAACCCCUCUGGCGUCGAUCUUAGUGUCCAACAGUGGCAGGAGUUAGCCACUGAGAUGAAAUCUCAUGGCCAGCUACCUUUCUUCGACACUGCAUAUCAAGGCCUCGGCGAUGGGCUUGACGAGGAUGCGGCUGGUGUCCGAACCUUUGUCGAAGCUGGCGUGGAGAUGCUUGUUUGUCAGUCGUUCUCAAAGAACUUUGCGCUUUACGGAGAGCGAUGCGGAGCUCUCCACGUAGUAGCGGAUUCCAUUGAAGUGGCUGCGAAUGUCAAGGAUCGUCUUCGAAGUUUGAUUCGUUACACACAUUCUUCUUCUCCAGCCUACGGCAGUCGUCUAGUUAAGAUUGUGUUGAGCAACGGCGAGUUCCGAAAUGCUUGGGCCAUGGAACUUGAGGGCAUGAGAGAGAGAUUGAAGCGCAGUCGUCAAGCACUAUACAGUGAACUGACAAACGUCCUGAAAGUGAGUGCACAAAAGAAUUCCGAUUUUGUAGAAUUAAAUCUCAUUGCAUCCAGACACCAGGCGAUUGGUCGCAUCUUACCCAGGAAAAGGGAUUAUUCUCGUAAGUGGCACCAAGUCGGUCAAACACAUGAUCAAUUAAUGAGGACUGCUAGAUGCCUAGCGCUGUCGCCAGCUCAAUGCAAGACGUUGGUAACCACAUAUCACGUACACCUUCCGGGUUCUGGGCGCAUCAAUGUGGCUGGUUUGAGUGAGGAUAAUGUGCGUCGUGCCGCCAAAGCCAUUGACGAAGUCAUCAGGCAGAUCGGACAGCAGAAGCUUUGA